UUCGUUUCAAUUUCUGUAGUCUAAAGUCUGUUACUACUUUUCAAAGUAUUAGUCUCGAUAAUGGCGAAAACAAGGGUGGAAACGGAUGUCAAACGGCCAAAGGAGGCGGAAACCACAGUUAAAUCACCAACAACGGAGUCUGAUCCUAAACAAAAAGAGGCGAUCGAAGAUAAUGUACAGAAGAAGCUCAAGUAUCUAGAUUUCGUUCAAGUGGCGUCAGUUUAUGCAGUUGUUUGUGUAUCAUGCGUCUACGAGUACGCCAAACAAAACUCCGGUCGGCUUAAACCGGGCGUACAAACUGUCGAAGAAACCGUCAAGACCGUCGUCGGCCCCGUUUACGAUAAAUUCCACGAUUUACCGUUCAAGCUCCUCGAGUUCGUCGAUCGCAAGGUUGACCAGUCCUUGAACGAGUUGGAACGUCACGUGCCGUCUCUGGUAAAGCAGGCUUCAUGCCAAGCUCGAACCAUGGCUUCGGAGGUCCAACGAGUCGGCGUUCUAGACGCGGCUAAGAUGAUCACGAGGAACGUUUACAGCAAGUGUGAACCGACGGCUAAGGAGAUGUACGACAAAUACGAGCCGGUAGCGGAAGGGUACGCAGUUUCUGCUUGGCGGUCGCUUAACCGUCUCCCGUUUUUCCCUCAAGUGUCUCAUGUAGUAGUCCCCACGGCCGCUUACUGGUUGGAGAAGUACAAUCAGGUGGUACGUUACUCCGGUGAGAGAGGGUACGCUGUAGCGUCGUAUCUACCUUUGAUCUCGACUGAAAGAAUCGCAAAGGCUUUCGGAGAGGGUCACGGGGAAACAGUUCGCCGGCAAUGAAAUCGGUAGGGGGUA